AUGCGUCCUACUCUGAUCUGUACGACCCUUGCUGCAGGCGCCCUGGCAGCUCGCCCGUGGAUCAAUGAGCCAGAUACUGGAUUAGAAGAGGUCCUCGGAGACACUCCCAAAGGCUCCCUGCCCGACCUCAAGGCUAUGGUUGGCCUACCUGACUUUGACUGGGCAGCGAGGAACUAUCUUCCUCUCCUGAACUACACCUACUAUCGCAACGGAGCAGCGGGUGAAUCCUCCUACCGCAAUAACCUGGAGGUGUUUGGCCGGUACACCUUCAUUCCUGAGGUGAUGAAUGACGUUACCAAGAUUGAGGAGUCUUUGCCUACUACAAUCCUCGGCCACAACUUCUCGGCACCCUUUUACAUCAGCCCCUGCGCCUAUGGCUCUUACGGGCAUCCCAAUGCGGAGGCUAACUUCGUCAAGGGAGCUGCUGCUGGCAAGAUCCUGUACAUUCCCUCAGGUUACGCCAGUUUAUCCAUUGAGGAAAUUCAUGCUCUCAAGGCUGAGGGUCAGGUCGUGUUCCAGCAGCUCUACCUCACUACCAACGAUACCGAGACCCAGAGGCUCUUUGAUCGCAGCAAGGCUGCUGGAGCCGAUGCUCUGGUUUUCACCGUUGAUGCUCCCAUCUUCGGUUCUCGCCACCGCGCUGCCCGCCUUGAUUGGGACUACUAUCACAAGCUCCAGAACAUGACAGAUCUCCCCAUCAUCGUCAAGGGUAUCAUGAGUGCCAAGGACGCAAAGAAGGCGGUUGAGAACAAGGUUCCUGCCAUUGUCCUCUCCAACCAUGGCGGUCGCCAGCUCGAUGGCGCUCCCUCUGCUCUGGAAGUUGCAAUUGAUAUCUACAAGGAGGCUCCUGAGGUCUUCAACCAGACUGAAGUGUUCGCUGACGGUGGAGUUCGCUACGGCACUGAUGCCCUCAAGCUUCUCGCCCUUGGUGUCAAGGCUGUUGGUCUCGGCCGCCCCUUCAUGUACUCGAAUGUGUUCGGCCAGGAGGGUGUUGAGCGCGUCAUCGAGCUUUUUAAGAAGGAGCUUGCUGUUGAUGGCGCCAAUGUGGGACUUGGGUCUCUGAAGGACAUCAACCCCGGCUUUCUUAAUCUCUCCCCAAACAACUGGAAUCCUUAG